CUUUACAUUUACAUUUCAACACCUUUUGCUGAAUUUCCCCCUUCCUGACACAAUCUGCUCCUUCAAAAGGCUCACCAUCACUGCAGUACAGCUUAUGCUUAGCGCCUUGCAGCGGCAGACAUACUUACUACCCAAGGCAUCCUGCUACUCAACUUCCGUACUCUGCAAAAGGCACCUAGUUGCCCUCCACUACUUCUCUACAAGUCCCUCCACUGCUGCGUCCGAGAUGCCCGACUUGUCCGGCGCACCACCUACAUUGGGCAGCAAAGCAAAGCUUCAGUCACAGAGAGGAGGAGCAGGGCGCUUCAACCCGUCAGAGCGUGGUGGGAAUGGCAACGGGCGAGGUAGAGGCGGAGGUCACAGCCGAGGUGGAGGAAGAGGAGGCUAUCAAGGAAGCAGCGAAGGCGGUAGCGGCAACCGCAAUGGCCGUGGGCCAACGGCUACCAAUCCUCAACAUCCAGGACAUAUCCCUGGUUCCCUUGCCUCGCGGCCUCUCAAUGGCGUCUUUGCCAUCGACAAGCCCUCGGGAAAGACGUGCAUGGAGCUCCUCGACUCCCUCAAGGACCUCCUCGCCUACUCUCCCCUCUUCCGCAACCCAGACGGUACUCUCCCCGAGGGCAACGGAGGUAAUGCCUGGCGUCCCGCAGGAGGCAAGAAGAAUCUCAAGGGCAAAGCCGCUCCGCCCAAGAUCGGGCAGGGAGGCACCCUCGACCCGCUUGCCUCGGGAGUGCUCGUGAUCGGCUUGGGCAGCGGUACGAAGCAAUUGCAGAAGUACCUAGACUGCGCAAAGACGUACGAGACGACGGGUCUGCUCGGCACUGCUACCACCAGCUAUGACUCGCAGGACCCGGUCAUGACACGUGCCCCGCACUCGCACGUCACAGAGGAAAUGGUUCACUCCCUCGUGCCCUACUUUACCGGUCCGUUGCUGCAGUAUCCACCCAUCUACUCGGCGGUCAAAAUGGACGGAAAGAGGCUCUUCGACUAUGCUAGACAGGGUUUAGAGCUUCCUCGCCCCAUCGAAGCGAGGGAGAUUGAAAUUGUGCACAUGGAGUGCUAUGAUUGGCUCAAAGGUGGGGAACACCCGUUUGUCGCGCCGCAGAAGGAGGUGACGGCAGAGGAAAAGGCACUGCUUGGGAGAGUCAAGGAGAUCGUUGACAAAAGUACGGGUGGAAGCAGUACAACUGCCACUGGGCCCCGACCGGGAGGAGGUAGUGCUCCUGCCACGUCCUCCUCCUCGACGGUAGCACCUGCAGAAGCCGAAGCCGAAGCCUCCACUGCGCCACCUGCUACCUUAGGAGAAGUCUCCAGCUCCACUCCCCCCGACCCCGAGUCGCACCUCCCUGCCGCAGCCUUCAAACUACGCAUGACCGUCUCUUCUGGCACCUAUGUCCGGACCAUCGUGCACGAUGUUGGUCAAGCGUGCAAUUCCGCUGCGCACGUGGUAGAGCUGAGAAGGGUAAGACAGGGAGAGUGGGGAGUGCCGCUGGCGCCUAACCCGGUGAGGAGCACCGAAGAGGCGGUGAAGGCGGAACAGGUGGGACAAGAAGGGUCACUUGAGGAGGGCGCUUCUGCUGCUACUUCGGCAGCACCAGCGUCAAAGACGACUACGACAGAAGAGCCGCCUUCAUCCGCACUCGUGCUAGAAGACAUGCUCGGAGAAGCCGAAGGCUCCUCCUCUGCAGAUCAACCCAUGGAAGCCCCACCAGCAGAGGCAGAAGCAGCAGCAGAGCUUGCAGCAGCAGCAGCAGAUCCCGAACCUCUGCCUUGUCUUCCCUGGUCCCUCUUCCUAUCCGCCCUCGAGGAGCAGAGCAAGGAGAGUGAUCCCAAUGCGCGCAAUUUCCGGCGGAAGGUCGCUGGUGGUGGAAAGGUGGAGGGAGUGGAGGGUAAACAGGAUCAGGAUAUUGAGGAGAAGACCGAGGGAGAGGUGGAGCCAGUGGGAGGUGUGCAAGAGGAGGGUCCGGAGUUGAGGCAGUGGGAGAAGGAGCUCCUCCGCGUCUUGCAACCUUGCUGAAGAACUUCGAGAUUCAGGCGAGCAGAAAGAGGGAGGUGACGACUGGAAUAGAAAUGCUUUUUUUUAUACAUCGUCGAGUACGAAUGGAUAUAUAUAUCGAGAAGUCCCC